AUGACGAGGAUAUGCGAUCUUCCGCCGGAAUUGGUAGGGAAGAUAUUCACCAAGAUUCCGAUAACAUCUCUGGGAGCAGUCCGAUCCACUUGCAAAUUAUGGAACGCUUUAUCCAAAGAGUGGGUUUUGGGUGAAGCAGCGGCAAGGCAGCAGUGUGUGGGGUUCAUGACGAAUGAGUCUAAGGUCUGUUCAUUAAGAUUCGAUGUUCAAGGAAUCCGCAAGGGAGAGGACGAGGUGGUGGAUCCAUCUGUAAAUCAGGACAAGUCUAGGCUCGUGGUGUGGAACCCUUAUCUGGGACAAACAAGGUGGAUCGCACCAAGAACAAAGUUCCACAUAGGAGACAUGUACGCUCUAGGAUAUGACAAGAACAACCGUAACCACAAGAUCUUGAGGUUUUUGGAUGAUAAACAUAAAAACCUUCUUGAGUACGAAAUCUACGACUUGAGCUCUAAUUCAUGGAAGGUUCUCAAGGUCACUUCCGACUGGGAAACAGAGUUUUAUCAAGGCAGCGUGUCUGCCAAGGGAAACACCUACUUUCAUGCUGCAGAAGCGGCUGGAGUUGGACUCAAACAUAUCUUGUUUUAUUUUGAUUUCACGAGAGAGAGCCUUGUACCGCGUCUGCCUUUUCCGUGUGAUGAACAAGUGUCUAACCCUUAUAAUGAAGAGCCUUGCUUUUAUGAUAAAGUGACAGUGACUCUCUCAUGUGUUAGAGAAGAGCAGCUCGCUGUGCUAUAUGAGAUGAAUUAUGAGGAUAAAUUGGAGGUUUGGGUUACCAUUAUGAUUGAGCCCAACGCUUUGUCUUGGAGCAAGUUUUUUAAUAGUGGAUUUAAGCCAACACAUUACCCCUUAUGCUCGGUUUAA